AUGUCUGAUCAAGUAAAUGGCUUGCAACACAACCAAGCAUGGCCAGAGCUACAGCUUCCAGACUUGUUACAUAGUAAUGAGACUGUUCGACAAGUUCAUGCAACAAUUGAAAAGGAAUGGGAUUUCCUUCAAAGGUCAGCUUGUCAAACGGCUGCUGGAAGGGCUAUGUGGAAGCAUGUGAUCCAUGAUCCACUUGCUGCUUUACUGGCUGGGGAGAAUUACUUGAGAAACCUUCAUGAGAAGAUGAUGAAAGACCAUCUCAACAAUGCCCAUGAAACUUCUGGAGUGAUUCUUGCAGUUCGAACGCUUUGGUUUGAUUCUAGACUUGAAGAUUUUCUCAACUCCCCUAAUGGCAGAGAAGCACAGGUUGUUCUCCUAGGUGCAGGAAUGGACACAAGAGCAUAUCGUUUGAAUUGCUUAAAGGACAGUGAUGUCUUUGAGGUUGACUUUGCAGAAGUCUUGGAGAGUAGAAGCAGACAUAAGAGAAAACGAUUGGAUGGAAAAGCUUCAAAUUGCAGGUUUCUUGCCACAAAAGAGCACAGUUUGGAUUCUAGAAGUGAUUGGCCAGACCAACUUUUACCAUCUAUUGGCUUCACUCAUGUAAAACUUUCACAAAUUGGAGACCCAGAUGCUCAUUUUGGCCUCUUGAAUGAUCCGUUAAAUCUCUUCAACAAGCUCCGCAGCUUGCCUAGGUCAUUACAAACCAAUCCAGAGGACGGAGCACCUUGCUGUCGCUUGUACUUAGUGGAAGCUUCUGGUUCACCCGAUCAAAGUUCUGCGCAUAAUAAGGAGUCGGUCAUUCAGUCCUGA